GCCUGAGAAUCGAGAUAUAUUAAGCCAAGGCUGAUCUCUCGACGCGCACGUGACGCAAUUCACGUCAACCCGAAAGAAAACCUCGCGGUUCGCCAAGACUGAUCGAAAGAGACGGGAAGUCUAGUCUCGCAGCUACGUUGGGUCCCUCUUUUUUUUACGCAACAUGUCUCUCUCCACCAGACUGAUCGUCGUCGCCAGACGUCACCUCGACGGUUUCCGACGAGCCAGCAGACACGUGUCGACUUACAAUUCCGCGAAUGACGUCGAGCCGAUCAGAAAGUCGGUGUUCAUCUCGCAAUCCAGCGACGUGUUCGUGAAUCUCGCGCUGGAGCACUGGCUGUAUCGCAACUACGACUUCUCGAAGCAUCAUGUGCUCCUUCUGUGGAGGAACGAUCCUUGCGUGGUGUUCGGCCGUCAUCAGAACCCAUGGCUCGAGUGCAACGUGCAGGCGGCCGAGAGGGAGAGCAUCGCUCUGGCGCGACGAAACAGCGGUGGCGGUACCGUUUACCACGACAAAGGCAAUCUCAAUCUGACUUUCUUCACGCCGUACGAGAGAUACGACAGAAGGUAUAAUCUCGGUAUCAUUGCGAACGCCUUGUUCCGUCAAUGGAGCUUGAAGGCCGAGAUCAACAAACGCGAUGACAUCGUAAUCGACGGAAGCUACAAGAUAUCUGGAACGGCUGCAAAGUUGGGAAAACCAAAUGCUUAUCAUCACUGCACGCUUUUAGUUGACGUGAAUAAAAGCAAUCUGAGUUCUAUUCUUGAAAGAAAAGAGAAUGACAUCAUUACGAAUGCGACGACAUCUACACGUUCAACGAUAAAAAAUUUGUCCGACAUAAAUCGUAAUAUCCAAAUGGACAAACUUUUAUCCGCUAUUGGCUGGGAAUUCAUGCGUACAAAAGCCCUCGUUCUCGAAGAUGGAAUAUAUGAUCUUCGACAACAGAAAGGUUUCCAGUAUAUCAAUCCAACUGAAGAUUGGUUUCCUGGAAUCGAUAACUUUGUCAGCGAGUUUCGUUCCUGGGAUUGGAAUUUCGGCAAAACGCCGAAAUUUACAGUUACCCGUACGCUCGAUGUCCCCGCUCAGGAUGGUAAAACGCAUCGCUUAAAUUUAAGCUUCGAGAUACUGGACGGUAUCGUGGAGGAAAUUAGAAUGAGCUUGCCCGCUGGAUUAGUAUCGACCGAUUUUGAUCAAGAUGCAAGUGUGAUUAGCAAUCUUCGUGGUACAAGAUAUAGUCAUGAAGUAACAGAAAAUAUAAUCAAUGAGAUUGGUGGCAAGAUUGUUACAUCAAACACGAGCCAAAGCGUAGAUGAAAAUAAUGUAAGAAGAUUCGAUGAGGCUACACUACAAUGACCCGAGACUUCGGAUAGCCAUAAGUCUGUCUAAAGUGUUCAAACACGAUAUUAAUUAUAUUUAUAUACAUAUGUA